UCAAUCCACAUUCAACCAUGAAGCUUCUAAGACUUUUCAUCAAAUUAUACUUAAUUCCUCUUCAAAACAAAAAGUACGAAUUUUUCAGCUGUAAAAUGUUUAUUUCCUUGAUUAUCUGGUUUUGUAUUCCUAUUGGUCUGUUCACAAUUUCCAUUUAUCUUCAAUAUGUUUCCAGUUAUGAAGUGAUAGAGUACAAUCCAGUUAUUUUGGCCAGUACAGUCACAGUAAUCCUGAACAUAGUUGCACUAACAUUGUUCAUUCCUGGAUUACUGGCAAAUCUUGUGGAAAAGUCUGAAAUUGAUCUUGAUGUCAGCAAGUACUCCAAGAAAUGGGUUGCUUUGUAUUUUAUAAUCUUUCUGACCUCAACUGUUUUGGGGAUAUUCCGUUCGGAUAUGAAAGAAAACAUGAUCUACUUUACUGCUGCAACACUGUUCUGCCAGAUAAUGAUUGCAAUGCUUCUGGUAGCCUACUUCAUUACAACUAAUCUAGUCUGCACUUCCUUUAUUAUGGAGGCUACUGAUUUAAGCAAGAAAAAGGAUGAAGCAGAGACUGUGUUAUGUUCCAUACAUCUAGUGAAGAAGAUAAGAAUUCUAAAAAGUGGGUUUAGUCCUCUUAAUUUCUGUAUUCUGACAAACUACACCACUUGCAUGAUAGUCUGUGCUUACAGCGGAUUUUAUUACCUGAAGCUUCGACAAUAUUUCCUAUUUUUAUCUUUUACUAUCAGUGUUGUAAUGUUUCUUUUAGUCAUCUACUCUCUCAUCUCUGCAUGUGAUGAAGUCUUUCAAGCUUUAUCCUCCAACAAUGAUAAACUUAGAAAGAUGUCACUGAUUGUGGAUGAUGAUUUGAAGCAUAAAAUUAUUACAGUUCUUGAGAUGAUCAAAGAAGAAGGACCGUUCACUGCUCUUGGAUUCUUUGCAGUGGAUAAAUCUACUUUCAUGACUAUUAUUGGAUGCACCAUUAACUAUCUGGUUAUUAUGCUCUCUUUCAAUUCAACUUAGUCUAACAUAUUAAUCAGUACUACUGCUUGUCUCUCUUUGACAACAGGAGGCCAUCAUUUGCUUUAUUCUAGAUCAUACAUGUGACAUAAUAACUUUUUUGUAUGUUGUUUAAUCAAUCAAUCAAUAAUAUAAGAAACUUA